AUGGCAAAUUAUAGGUGGCAAGUGGGCACAAUAUUUACAGAUAAGGAAGACUUUAAGGAUGCCAUACGAAGCUAUUCUGUGCAUGCUGGGAGGUCUCUUAAAUUUGUGAAAAAUGAUAAACGUAGGGUGAGGGUAAGAUGCUUGGGUGGCCAAGGAAAGUGCCCAUGGGUGGCUUAUUGUGGGUAUUUGCCAUCACGUAAAAUUUGGCAAUUGAGGAAGAUUAUUGACACCUAUACGUGUAGUAGGCAACUUAACAUUAAAAUGAUGAAUGCUAAGUGGUUGAGUCAAGAGAUUGAUAAGUCUUUAAUGUGCAAUCCUAGUCUCAAAGUGAAAGACAUACGUAGUAAAGCUUUAAGGAAAUGGAAUACAAAUGUUUCAAUUUCCAAGGUAAGGAGGGCAAAGUUGAUUGCAACCCGACAACUGGAAAUAGAUUACAAAGAACGGUUUAGAAGGAUCUAUGACUAUGGACAUGAGGUCAUGAGGUGUAACCCAGGGUCAACGGUGAAAAUUAAAGUUGACGGUGACAAUGGUGAACCAAUCUUCCAAAGAAUAUAUGUGUGUCUUAAAGCUUGUAAAGACAGUUUUAGGAGUUGUAGGCCCAUUGUAUGUUUAGAUGGGUGUUUUAUGAAAGGUCAGUAUAAGGGGGAGGUGCUUACUGCUAUUGCUAGAGACCCAAACGAGCAAAUGCUACCACUAGCCUAUGAAGUUGUAGAACUGGAAAACACAGAGGCUUGGACCUGGUCUUUGCAGAUACUAAUUGAAGACCUAAGGGGAGAUGAAGUCUGUGGGAGAUGCACGUGGAUGUCUGACCAACAAAAGGGGUUAGUACAAGCUGUGCAGGACCUUCUGCCUAAGGCAGAACAAAGAUUCUGCCUGAGGCACUUGUAUUCAAACUUCAAGAAAAAAUUUAGUGGUCAAAUAUUAAAGAAUUUGUUGUGGAGGGCUGCCACAAGCACAUAUCCCCAGGCUUGGGAAAGAGAAAUGCUCAAAAUUAAAGAAGUGAAUGUGGAAGCAUACAAAUACAUAAUAGCCACAUAUCCCCCAAGGUUUUGGUCCAGAUCACGCUUCACAGGUCAAGCAAUGUGUGAUAGCCUAGAUAACAACAUCACUGAAGCUUUCAACAGUGUUCUUCUGCAUGCUAAAGAACAACCAAUUAUCACCAUGCUGGAGGAAAUAAGAGUUUAUCUAAUGAAUCGAUGGGCAACCAACAAAAAGAAGGUGGAAAGUAUGAAUUUCACAGUAUGCCCAAAGAUAAAAAAAACAGACUUUUGGUCUGCUAGAAAGAUAUUUGAGGUUACCCAUUGUUCAGCAAUUGAGAACAAGUUCAAGGUGGAUCUUGACACUCAUGACUGUAGCUGCAGAAAGUGGCUGAUCACUGGCAUCCCAUGCUGCCAUGCAAUUGCAGCAANNAAUUANGCAAGUUUAGACCNAGAAGAGUUCAUACCUACGUGCUUUACAAGAUCGACAUAUGCAGAAGUCUAUGCCUCCAUAAUUUACCCUCUCAAUGGGCAUUUGCUAUGGGAAAAANNGCCCUAUCAUGAUGUUCUACCACCAGUUNAGAGGAAGUUACCUGGGAGGCCCAAGAAAAAAAGAAGGUUGGAGGCAUGGGAGCUCACUAAAGAUCACACUCAAAUGCGUGUUGGUGGGCACAUCAAGAAAUGUAGCAUGUGCCGUCAGAGGGGCCACAACAAAAGCAAUUGUCCUUUACGUCCUGGACCGUCAGAAACAGCAGAAAAUCAACCAUCACAGCCAAUAGAAACAGCUGAAAAUCAACCAUCACAGCCAACACAAACACCAGAAAAUCAACCAUCAGAGACACCACCAACUACCCAAUCCCCUGGACCGUCACAGCCACCACCAAGUCCUCCACCAUCCCAACCACCAACGUUGAGGAAAAAAUUAGAUUGCAGAAGAAAAAAAUUAGAUUACUAA